UGAGCAGCACUAGCAGCUGAGAUGUCUGGUAAAGCCUAAAGCACGGCCUCUCCUGGUUCACAGCCGGAGUGUGAAAUGAAGCAGCGGCCCAUGUGACUUCUGACGUUUCAGUCGAGUCCUGCUAAAAAGAAUUUGAGGGAAUGAUCUGCUGCUCACCAAGGGGAUCCACGGAGGCUUCCUGACGUCCGCUUUAAGGAAGUCCGAAAAGUUAGCCUGCUUACCGACUGACUGGUUUGUUUGUUUGUUUUUUCUCACCAGUAGCAGACUGACUCGUGAUGUCUGGAGAACAGGGGGGCCAAGAGGCUAUGAACGUAUACUCUGUAACCCUCAGCGGCCCAGCGCCUUGGGGCUUCAGGCUGCAGGGUGGCAAGGACUUCAGCAUGCCCCUCACCGUAUCAAGGCUGACCCCGGGCGGGAAGGCAGCUCAGGCCGGCGUAGGGGUAGGAGACUGGGUGGUGUCCAUCGAUAACUUCAAUGCAGAGGACAUGACCCAUGUUGAAGCACAAAACAAGAUCAGAGGAGCAACAGACUCCCUCACCCUCACCCUCAGCAAAGCUUUCAAAGCAGGUAGUGACCAGAAGGACUCUCUUGCUUCGACUUCUGUUCAGCCAAAGUACUCCUUUGCCCCCAGCACAACUAUUAACAAGAUGGCGAGGCCAUUUACAGCAGGUGGUGGUAGUGCAAACUCAGGACCUGCUAUUAAACCCGUGGCCUACUCCCCUAAACUUAACACAGCACCCUCACAGGGCCGUGCCAGCAUGCAGCAGCCACAGAACGGGCACGGCCUCAGGGUGGAGAACAUGCCCUGUUUUAUCCCCAAUGACCGCAGCAAGAAGAGGCUGAUCCAGGACACUGAGGACUGGCAGCCCCGCACCGGCACCACCCAGUCCCGCUCCUUCCGCAUCCUGGCCCAGAUCACAGGCACCGACUUCAUGCAGGACCCAGAUGAUGAAAACAUGAAGCGGUCCAGCCUUGAGCCAACUCCCUCACCUGCCAAGGCCCAGGCAGCAGAUAAACCAGAUGAAUCCAAGACUGCACCUGCAGCAGCUGGCCGUUCAGGUCCUUCCAGUCGACCACCGUGGGUCACUGACGCUAAUUUCGCAGACCGCUUUCGCCCAGACAAGACCAGCACUGUCCUGACCCAGCACCAGCAACCGGUCCAGCCGACACCUAUGCAGAACCGCAGCUCUAUCCUGCAGGCAGCGCAGCAGGCACCCGAAGACAGCGGGAGAACCCCGCUAUGUGGCGCAUGUAACAAAAUCAUAAGGGGUCGGUACCUGGUGGCGCUGGGACGUUCUUGGCACCCGGAGGAGUUCACAUGUUCACAGUGUAAGGCAGUCCUGGAAGAGGGGGGCUUCUUCGAGGAGAGGGGGUCGGUCUACUGUACCAAGUGCCAUGAUAAUCGAUAUGCUCCUAACUGCGCCAAGUGCAAAAAGAAGAUCACAGGGGAAAUCAUGCAUGCCCUGAAGAUGACCUACCAUGUACAGUGUUUCAAGUGUGCAGCCUGCAAGACUCCCAUCAGGAACCAAGCCUUUUACAUGGAGGAGGGCGAACCCUACUGUGAGAAAGACUAUGAGAAGAUGUUUGGCACCAAAUGCCAUGGCUGUGACUUUAAGAUUGAUGCCGGGGAUCGGUUUCUGGAGGCCUUGGGCUACAGCUGGCAUGACACGUGCUUCGUCUGUGCUCUCUGCCAAAUCAACCUGGAGGGGAAGACGUUCUACUCGAAGAAGGAUAAGCCCCUGUGCAAAGGCCAUGCCUUUGCUCCAGUGUGAGAGAGCGAGCUUCAUCUUCAGAGGAAGGAAUGCAUCUCACUCUCUCCCCCUCCUCUUUUACCCACUCCCCCCUCCGGCCCACUCAAACACACUCUACAUCUCUUCUUUGCCAACCACACACAUAGUUAACUCUUUUUUUGUUUUUUUGUUUCUAUAUUUGAGGCUCAAUGUUAGCUUCAUGUACUGUUUCUUCAAUUCAGAUGUUACUGCCUGUAAUAAUAAUGCUGUAUUUUAUAACUGGAGGUAGUCAAUGAAUUACUUCACGUCGUCACUAACCUGUUGACUUUAAGUAAUUUUUAGAAUGGAUAUUAAAAAUGCAGCUAGAUUUAAUUGUAGCUGUUAGGGAGAAAUUCUCACAGCUCUACUCAUCUCCUCCUUGUUCAGUCUGAAGUAAGAUCAAGUCAGUAUCUUUCAAGUUGGAGGACCCAUUUAGCCUCUAAUAAUCUCACAUAGUGCAGUAAUGAUAUACCACCGUACUAAGUGUGCAGAAGUGGUGGCCCCAUUCAGGACCCUGGUCCACUCACUGUCUCUUACUGCAGUGCCUAUUAACGUAAUGGGGGUCCAGUCAAGCAUAACAGGGGGUGUCCCAUUUCUGCCUGACUAGACUCCUGCACCUCUCUACAGAAGCACUAUCUGCUUUACUUUUCACUGUGGCUCUCUGGAAAAUCAGAGCACAUACUGCAGUUAAUAACUGUAAUUCUGAGUCAUAAUAAUCCUUAAUUGAACCAGUUUUAAUAGUCACACAUGGGUGACAGAGAAAGUGCCAUUAUUUUUAAAAGCUUCACUCUUGCACGGUAAGGAGAUUUGUCAGAGCUUUGACAUGAUCAUUUAUUGGAUAUUUUAAUGUAAGAAAUAAAUACAUAUGGUGAUUUGUCUCAUGUUACUAUGAUGUGAUUGUUUCAUGCUAGGCUUGAAUAUGUAUUUAUAUUGCUUCAGAAUGGGCCUGUCAGUGUUUUUAUAGCUGCUGGAUGUUUCAAAUAAAAAUAAUUAGUAAUGCCACACGCUGGGGAAGAUUACGGGGAUGAAGUGUUUAAGGUGAACCCAUCUGUAAGAUUUGACUGAUAUUUUGGCUCUUUGCUUUCCCCAACAACAGGACAAUGAACUUUCUGAUGCUUUUUUCCCUUGGUUCACUCAUUAAAAAAUUUAAACUUUA